AUGUCUGAUAAACAACCGCAAACAAAAUCUUCAUCACAAGCUGCUGCUGGUUCCUCUUUUUUCAAAGGAAUAAUUGACUUCUUUGCUGACACAACCAAGAAUGCUCAGCACGAUUUUGUGAAAUUUAAAGAAGGAAUUUCGUUAGGAUUUUUAGUCCAGCAACCUGAUCAACAAAGAACCAUGAUGUCUGGAGAGUCCGAAUAUUUCACAGACUCUCGAGCAAGUUUGCAUCCUAAACGACAUCGAAAAAGACCGCCUGUAUCACGAAAUUUUGGCUCCAAUUUUCAGAAAAGCAAUAAUAAUAGUUACAAACCUAAUUCGCUGAAGCAACAUCAAUCCGAUGCUUUAGAAAUCGAACGAGAGAGAAAAUACAGGGAAAAAGAGCUCUGGCGUAAAAUCGAAGAGUUAAAUCAAAAAGUGGCUUUACUCGAAAAAAUAGUCUCAGAAUUACGAGCAGAUCAUCUAAAUAAUCUACAAAGUCAUAGCGAAAAUUAUCAUACUCAAUAUAUUCCAUCACCACCUCCGCCGCCACCAGUUACGCCAAAACAUGAAUCGUCGUUAACCACCCAAGCCCUUAUUAGCCUCCGAAAUAAUCUAAAAACAACAAAAAAUCAAGAGAAAAUCAAGACAACAACGUCAGCAACCAAAAUAGAAUCAAAUAAAUGUCAUUUAUUGCCGCAGCAACCAUCACCACCAAAAGACAUGACAGCUCUUUUGGAAGAUUUGAAAAAUGUAAAGCUUCGUAGAACUAAUUUAUUGCGAUCAACGAGUGGGUAUAUUUCAUCAAUUUCAACUCCGAAUUCAGAACAGGGUGGUGCUUUAGUUUGCAAGCACAAAUUUCCGAAUCACAGUCAAUCAUCUUUAUCUUCCUCUCUAUCCACCAUUUCAAUCGAUUAUGAAUCUACGUACAAUAACUUAUCGUCAUCAUCAGCAUCCACGAUAACGUGCCAAUCUGAUGCUUAUAAAGAUUUAGAGAGUUUUCAAAAUAUUCUAAAUUAUCCGGUGAAACGUCAAAAAAUUUAG